AUGGCUUCCGAACAAAUCAACUCGUCUAAGAACGAGUACAAUGAAUCCGGUCCCCAACGCAGGGACGGCACUCCUCAUGCUGCUCUCGGAGCAAGCGCAACCCCUGCACCCUCCGGUUGGUUUCCUCUGGGCUACCGGGAGGGCUUCAGCCAAUGGUGGGCGUCAUUACCGGCUGCCACAACCGAACACAAGGUCCUCUCCUACCUACCCUAUCUUCAGCACCAACCCCCGACACACCUCCAAACCGGAAAGACCAGCACAGUCCCCAACGGCGGAUCGGGGAGUCUUCAGUCCGCCGAUCACACUGAGGAGGGCGAUGUCACCAUCAAUUCCACCAACGACCCGUAUGGCCCGCGACGGUGGCGCUCAAGCAUGGUGGAGCUCAGCGGCAAGAAUCGAGCUUUGAACGAGUUCUCCGUCGAGCGCGUGGGUGAGGAGGUAGACCAGCAUUUGGUCAUGGUUCACGGGUACGGAGCCGGCUUGGGCUUCUUCUACAAGAAUUUUGAACCUCUCAGCCGAUUGAAAGGCUGGCAGCUCCAUGCGCUGGACCUCCUAGGCAUGGGCCGCAGUACACGCCCACCGUUCCGCAUCAAAGCAAAGGAGCGAGAAGAGGCCAUCAAAGAAGCAGAGGCCUGGUUUGUGGACGCCUUGGAAGAAUGGCGCGUCAAGCGCAAGAUUGACCGCUUCACCCUCAUGGGCCACAGUCUGGGAGGCUACAUGGCAGUGGCCUACGCUCUCAAGUACCCAGGCCGUCUGAACAAGCUGAUUCUCGCCUCGCCCGUGGGCAUUCCCGAAGAUCCCUACGCAGUGAAGGCAGAAAUGCCCGAAACCUCUACGGUGGCCAACGAGCUCACGCAGAAUCAACGCACUAUCGCCGAAUCAGCCUCCUCGGUCGCGCCGGAGGCAAUCCAGAAGGGCGACAACAACAUUCUCCUCAGAGGGGCUCCUACUGAUUCCCCAGACCGCCCUCCUCGCCGGAUGGUUCCCAAAUGGUUCGCCUAUCUUUGGGAUGCCAAUAUCUCCCCCUUCAGCCUGGUGCGGUGGGCGGGACCCCUCGGCCCGCGCCUGGUCUCCGGAUGGACCUCUCGCCGCUUCUCGCAUCUACCAGCAGACGAAGCCAAGGCCUUGCAUGACUACUCCUACUCGAUCUUCAGCCUCCGUGGCAGUGGUGAAUACGCCCUAUCUUACAUCUUGGCGCCCGGUGCAUUCGCCCGCAGCCCGUUGAUCCGUCGCAUUCAGGGCGUCGGCCGGCAAUAUAUCGAGCAGAACCCAUCCUCCGCCUCCACCCUCCUUGACUCAACCAAGGCCGCAGCAUCUGAAGCCCCUGUCCCCUCGUCCUCGUCACAGUCCCCCUCAGCCACGCGCGAAAACGGCCUCCCCGUUGUGUUCAUGUAUGGCGACCACGACUGGAUGGACGUGAAAGGCGGCAUCGCUGCCAAAGCCAAGCUAGACGAAGAAAAGGCGCGUGCCCUCCGAAAUGCGACGCCCGAAGAGCGCGAGGCGGACAAUGGCUCGGCCAAGGUGGUGAUCAUCAAAAACUCCGGGCAUCACGUCUACCUCGAUGGGUGGGAAGAGUUCAACCGGGUGGUCCUGGCUGAGAUGGAAGAGGUAGAACGCAAGGAAAGAGCGAAAAGAGAGUAA